AACAAGGCCACAUAAUCCUUAUCAUCACGUGAAAUUAAAGGUUCUUUUAAAGCACGGGAGUGCUACCGCCGGCCGGAAGGAGGUUUUCCCUCCUUCGACGAAAGAUCCAAUAGACCGGAUGCUCAUUUUCGUUCGUAGCCGUAGAACUGUAGAAGCAGUGACGGCAAUCCGUAAGCUGUCAAUGCAGAAGAGACAGGAGCGAGAUCGGAGUCGCUGAAGCUGACCAAAAUGUGGAUGCAGAGAGAGAGAGAGAGAGACAGAAACAGAGCGACGUAGAGACAUUCAGUUCACCGACCAGAUACCCCUCAUAUCCCUUUUCGAGGGUAUUUCUCUGGUCUUCUCCGGAUUAAUCUGGGUUUCGCAGUGAGGAAAAGAGUACUUGGGUGAGAUCUUCGAUGGAGGUCGAAUCCCCUGCUUUUGCGAGCUUCGAUUUGCAGCCAAAAUCCUUGUUUUCUUUCUCGUUGAAUAUUGUGACCGAGUCGUCGGAGCUCCGCUCUCAAGAAUGCGGCUUCUCUGAAAUGACUGUUUCUUUGAAUGGUGGCACUGAAUCAGUGGCUGUUCAUGCUGAAGAGUACCGGAGUUUUAAACCGUCGGUUGCGCUUGAUAAUUUUCAGAAAUUGACGGUGACCGACCGCGACGCUCGGGAAUGUGCGAGCCAAGAAAACUUCGUUCUCAGUUCUGGAGCUARGCAGGUAGACGUCAACGGUCAUGGAGAUUGUAGGGGUUCUAAAUCGACGGCCGCCGUGAAGCUGCAGAAGGUCUACAGAAGUUACCGUACACGGCGCAGGUUAGCAGAUUCUGCCGUGGUAGCCGAAGAGCUUUGGUGGCAGGCGAUCGACUAUGCUCGAUUGAAUCACAGUACGAUUUCGUUCUUCAACUACUUGAAACCAGAAACAGCCGCUUCGCGAUGGAACCGUAUCAGCUUGAAUGCUUCAAAGGUGGGAAAGGGGUUAUCCAAAGACGCCAAAGCUCAGAAAUUAGCUUUUCAGCACUGGAUCGAAGCUAUCGAUCCACGACAUCGAUACGGGCAUAGCUUACACAUCUAUUACGAAGAGUGGUGUAAAGCAGAUGCUGGCCAGCCAUUUUUCUACUGGUUGGACAUUGGAGAUGGCAAAGAGGUUGAUCUCAAGGAAUGCCCAAGAUCAAAACUUCGACAGCAAUGCAUUAAAUAUCUUGGACCUCAAGAGAGGGAACACUAUGAGUACAUAAUCAUCGAUGGGAAGAUUGUGCACAAACAAACAGGAACAUUUCUUGAUACAAAUAGUGGAUCACAAAACGUGAAAUGGAUAUUUGUGAUGAGCACCUCCAAGAAACUCUAUUGCGGGGAGAAAAAGAAAGGCUCUUUCCAUCACUCAAGCUUCCUUGCGGGAGGGGCUACUUUAGCGGCUGGAAGACUUGCAGCUGAGAACGGAGUGCUUAAGUCUAUCUCAGCAUACAGUGGACAUUACCGCCCAACCGAAGAGAACCUUGGCACCUUCCAAGCCUUCCUUGGGGAUAAUGGAGUAAACCUCGACAACGUUGAGGUAAAAUCCUCUACAGAAGACUAUGACAACUAUGAAGAGAAAUCAACAAAAGAUGCCAGCAGAACUGGAGUUCCAACAUUUCAAGAACCUCUCCAGCUUGAAACUUCCAGUGAAGUGGAGAAAGACCAAUUUGUCAAACCAACCGAAGUUGCAAAAGCUGAACCAGUUGAAGAUGAUCAAGCUGCAAAAACGGGUACUUACAAAAGGACCUUAUCCGGUGGUCUUCAGAGUCCAAAAGCACAGGUACCUAAGCAAGCAAUACUGCAGAGGAUCAAUUCCAAAAAGGCAGCAAGUUCAUAUCAGUUGGGGCAUCAACUCUCACUAAAAUGGUCAACAGGCGCCGGUCCACGGAUUGGGUGCGUUGCAGACUACCCUCUGGAACUGAGGGUACAAGCCCUAGAAAUUGUGAACCUCUCCCCAAGGCGUCCUCCCACACCGUCAUCUCUCCGACAGUUUGGCUGUCCAGCUCCACCUACACCUCGUCCCAUCUACGGUCUCUCUAGUGGUGAUAGGACAUAUACUAUCUAGAUAAGCUCCGUCUCUGUUGAGAGUCCGUUCCUUGCAUCUCCUGGAUGCUUUACUGCAUGUAAAUUCCUCCUCUCUCUACGUUUCCAUCCUGGCAGAAUGCUGCCUUACGGUCAAUAUCCAAUUUCUUUAUUCGUGUUCUGUUAUUAAUUUUCCUGCAUCAAUUCGCAAAAAUUGAGCAGUAAAA